GUGCAGUGGAUUCUUCUAAGAUAGGUGAUUAUUUGAGGUGUAAUCAUCGAUGAAUAGUAUUAGUCUAAGUCGCGCAUGCUCUCACCCGCAAGCUGCUGAAUGGGUUGGUAGUUAGCACGCGCUAGACAGUCUCCAAAGUGAAGCAACAUUGAAACAAUCGCAACAUUUUCCGACUUAACGACGUCAUCCCAAGUUUACCUCUACAGAACAGACUCGGAGAUGUUGGACAUACAUCGUCGCAAGCAGGCCAUUGCCAAUUUCUGGUCCCCCUAAAAUUUAUAUUAGCGGCCACUAAAAAACCUCAAGACGGCAAGCUACGUGCUACUUCUCUCAUCUAAUAACUUACAUGUACCGUGUCCGACCGCGAGCAGGUGGAUUACUUACCCAUUUCCAAAAGUAUAGAUCGCUCACAACCAUGACGCUCAAAACCAUUAGCGCAAAAGAUGCGGCGUCCCUUGACAAGGACCUCAUGGACAAAGGGGGUUUCUCCCUCGAUCAGCUCAUGGAGCUGGCGGGGCUUUCUGUAUCACAAGCUGUCUAUCGAGUUCAUCCUCCAUCCACAGGCAGAAAUGUCCUCGUAGCCUGUGGCCCCGGAAAUAACGGUGGUGAUGGGCUUGUUGCCGCUCGUCACCUAGCUCACUAUGGAUAUAAGCCGACUGUAUAUUACCCGAAACAAGGGAAAAAUGAAUUAUACGCGCGCCUAAAAACCCAACUACACAACCUCUCCGUCCCCUUCACAACCGACUUCGCAGGUACCCUCCAAACCAGUGAUUUCGUAAUCGAUGCAAUUUUCGGCUUCUCGUUCCUAGGACCACUUCGCGACCCGUUCCCGAGAGUAAUCUCGCUUAUGGAGGAAACCAAGGUACCCAUCCUGAGCGUUGACGCGCCUAGCUCAUGGGAUAUAGAAACUGGCCCGCCGAAGGAAGGGCCUGGGGCAAAGUUUAUGCCCCAAACGCUGAUCAGCUUGACAGCUGCGAAGCCGUUGGCUAAAUGGUUUACGGGAAGGCAUUUUUUGGGAGGCAGGUUUCUGACUAAGGGUAUUGUGGAGAGGUAUGAUUUGGAUAUUCCUGAGUAUCCUGGGGUAGAGCAGAUUGUUGAGGUGGAUGUUAAUAAGGAAGGGAAGUUGUGAGGGGUGCAGCGGCUUUAGGGGAAGGGGAUGGUAGAUUUCAUACAUAUCUCAUUGAAAUUACUGAUUCCUUCCUUCUAACAACAUUUAUUCUCAUUGGUACGGCAUGUUGGUGACAAACAUUGAAGAUGAAAUAAAUUUCAAUAUAAAUGUUAGUCGACGCUAGUCUAGGAGGGUAAUAGGGUAAGAAACGAGAAUGGCCUUCGUUUAUCCAAGCGCACUUCUGAUCUCAUCAACCACACUCUUGACCCUUGGUUCCCUACCAAAUCCACAACUAAUAACCUUCGAUAGUGCCAUGUUGAUGUCAUAUAUUUCUUUCGCGGCGCUUUUCACUUCUUCCCCAAGCGCUGUAACUAAAGUACCCAACGCAACAAGCACACGAUAUACAGCUUCAGAGUCUUUUUCUUUCAUCAGAAGUUUAGUUAAUCCAUCGAGAAGCAAGAGGGCUUUCUCCGAGGAUUCAGGACUCGAAGCCCUCCCGUCACUUGUAACGAAGACAGAGAAGUUAAUAUAUAGGGUUGCAAUGGCGAUGGUUAGGUUGCGAUUCGGCGUCCCCCCAGAGUUUGCAGUUACAGACCCGAUUUGCGUCAUGAUGUCGUCAAACCUGCUAAUUGCUAGAGCCCGACCAGCUUUGGUUUCGAAUAAAUUUGCAAAAGUCCGUACUGUUAACAUCGCGUUAUUCACGUUGAGAGGUGACUCGAAAACGCCGCUUGAGAUGAGAGUUGAGAUCAGAUCACCACCAACAUAGUCCGUUGAGGCUGUCACAGGGCUUGCGGCAGCGAGCAGACGGAGUAAAUCAAGACCGGGAAGCCGGUUAGCAACGGGCCAUGCAGUUGCUAUUUUGACGAUCAGUGGUAUUCCGAACUCGACCUGCGGCGAUUCUUUUAACGGGGAUGUCUGAUUCAGUUGAUUGCAGAGACCUAUGACAGUCUCCACUUCAGACGGACUCAGCGAAAGGUCUUUCGAUCCAGAACUAACGAGUUGCUCAUUCAGUUCCAAAACCUUUUUCUGGAUUGCCUUGAUAUUUGCGGUUUUUAUAGCAAGGCCGAUAUCUCUUUUCUUCGCCCCAUGGAUCGGCUCCUGGAGGCGGUGGGCCUUGGCUUUGUGUCGCUGACGAACCAAGGGAAGCACCCUGUGUAUUUGUGGUUAUGAAAUUAGCGACCUGGUCCAGAUACCCCAUCGGUAAUUCGUUAUUUUG